AUGCCCAAAGAACCCAUACUACCCAUGAUAGGGAUCAAGCUAUGUGGACUGAAUAUUGAGGCAUUAGUUGACACAGGAAGUGAAGCAUGUGCAAUAUCCAAGAGGCUAUAUGAACAGGUACUGAAAGCAAACACUAGCUUGCCUAGUUUCCCAUUGAAUGGAGUGAGAAUUGUGAAUGCGUUGGGUGCAAGGAGUAAACCUAUUAAAGAACAAGUGUUGAUUACCUUCGAGAUAGAGGGAGAAGAAUACGAAGCAACAUUUUUGGUGGUGGCUGGGCUGAACACAUCAACUAUUUUAGGAAUAGAUUGGUUGAAUGAAGUAGAAGCGAUAGUGAGUUUUGAUGAAGGUGCUAUCAAGGUCAAAGGAAGAAAGGGAGAAGAGAAGAGGUUAAAGUUUGCUGAGGGUAGUGCAAUAAAAGAAGAGGAAGAAUUUAAAAGGAUAGGUUUGUGUAAUGAAGAGUAA